GUUUGUGGCGAAGAAGUGUGGCUGUGAGCUUUUAAGCCAACUCGAGGGACUCAAGGGAGUAUCGAGAGGCUGCCUAUUCACUAAGGUCUGAAGUCUGAACCAGAACGACUACCUACUCGAAUUAGCAAUUUAGAACGCGGCACUAAUUGAUUCUAAAUCCUUGCUCGGCUCCUCAAACAUGGCCGCAGCUACCACCACUGGUACAGCGCCCAGGACAAUACAUGUGGCAGAACUACCCAGCGCAAGGAAUAUGAUAUUUCGCGAUUCUUCGUUUUUUAAGGAACAUGGGCAUGACCUUCCGUCUCCAAAGGAGAUCCGAGAAAAGGAUAUCGAAGUCAAUAGCUUUCGCGCACGAUCACCAAGGCCUCCACCGAUCCUGUUCGAAGAACUGGGACUUGUCGUCAAAUAUGGCUCAGCGAUCACAAUAGCAGAAGCACAGUGCCUAUGGUAUUUCAACAAAUACAUGAAAGACGCAGUGCCUACACCGGAAUUGUACGGGUGGUGCCAUGAUGACGGCGAGACAUUCAUCUACAUGGAGUUUGUCAACGCCGACACAUUAGAAGACGUGUGGCCAUCACUUAAUCAAGAAGAUCAAAACAUAAUUUGCGAGCAGCUCCGCACUUUCGUGGAGGCAUGGCGCAGUCUCCGUCAGGAGACGGAACCAUACUAUGUCGGCCAUAUCGGACACCAAGGGGUAGGCGACAUUAUCUUCAGCGACGCAGGUGAUCCGCAUGCCGGCCCGUUCGAAGACAUAACGCAAUUUCAUGAUUUCUUUGCGCGUUACUCCUGCCGCCUGCAACCGGACUGGAACCCGCGCCGUGACUUUCCCGAACUUGCCGGCUUGGCGGACGACAGACCGAUAGUAUUUACGCACGGCGAUCUAGACAGGAGUAACAUACUCGUCUUUCCGAGGGAUGGAGAAUCUCCACCCCGUGUAGCCGCCAUUAUUGACUGGCACCAAUCGGGAUGGUACCCAUGCGAUUGGGAAUGGCUUAAAGCGGAAUCGAGGUGCGACGCCUUUUGGGAAGGGGGCCGGGACACGGCCUGGCUAUUGCGGAUUAUGACGCCAGCAGACAAAGACUAUCAGGUAGCUUGGGAAUUUAUCAUGAGAUCUUUGGGCUUCUAGAUUUAGUCAAGUAAGAAUGUAUCAGUAUGAAAAGCGUUGCUUAUACCAAUGAUUAAUCUACAGUUCUGAGGGGGAUAGAUAUUGUGCCAAUUCAAGGCUCAGCCCUUAGGGGAUUGACUCUCCUGCUAAGUAAUUAUUUUGCAUUAGCUCUUGUCAUAUAUAAAUAGGUAGGAGGUAGGUAUAUAUACCUAGAUACCUACCCAUGAACUAACUCUUAAGUGGUUUCAUUUCGAACCGUGCCAUUACCCCUA